CUUCAUUGUGUCGGGGAUUGAAUGGGGGAGUGUUUGCGUUUAGUAGAAGUCCUGUGAUCAUCCACACAGCCUGCCCGAGCCAUGCGCGUUAUCAUGCCGCACACCUCCAGCGGUGCGUUUAUUGUGCACGAUCCAGAUAAAUGCGCUGUGCUUCUGAACGCUGCUCAACAGCUCCGGCUCGAGGAAUGAACGGAGGGCCGACAGAUAUGGAGUUACAAUGUAAGGAUGCUAUUGUCGAAGUCUCGCAUCUGAUACAGAGCUUGCGGGUUUGCAUCGAUGGAGAAGGCGUGUAGUCGCCAAUGAAAAUAGUUUCGCUUGCUUUUUGGCUCUUGGUUACAUUUUGGAGUUCAUUAAAUUUUUCGAAAGGAUAUACCGUCGCUGGGCAUCCCCAUCGGGUGCAGACAAGAAACAUGGGCAACGCAGAGAGUAUAGAUGCUCAGCUCACAGAUUUCAGGGCGAGGGGCAACAAACCCCCCAAACUGCCCAUGCCGGAUCCUGCCGAACUGGAGGAGAGAUUUGCAGUUGCAUUGAACUCUAUGAACCUUCCUCCAGAUAAAGUGAGGCUCCUUCGACAAUAUGACAACGAAAAGAAAUGGGAGCUGAUCUGCGAUCAGGAACGGUUCCAAGUAAAGAAUCCUCCUCAUACAUAUAUCCAGAAGCUCAGAAGCUUUCUGGACCCUGCCGUCACCAGGAAGAAAUUUAGAAGGCGUGUUCAGGAGUCAACGCAGGUGCUCAGAGAACUUGAGAUAUCUCUUCGGACCAAUCACAUCGGGUGGGUGAGAGAGUUUCUCAAUGAGGAGAAUAAGGGUCUUGAUGUACUAGUGGAGUACUUGUCCUUUGCCCAGUAUGCUGUCACGUUUGAUGGAGAUGUAAUGGAGAGCACCACAGGUGAGGUGUCUGUGGAGACCCCCUGGAGCAGGUCUAUAGAAGAUCUCCAUGGCGAUAGUAAUCUACCCUCACCAGUCAGCGGCUGCAGCAUACCACGAUCCACACGGCACUCCUUAAGGUCGAAUACUUUGCCUAGUCGCAGAACUCUGAAGAAUUCCCGUCUGGUGUGUAAAAAGGAUGAUGUUCAUGUCUGCGUAAUGUGUCUCAGAGCCAUUAUGAACUACCAGUAUGGCUUCAACAUGGUCAUGUCCCAUCCCCAUGCUGUCAAUGAAAUUGCUCUGAGCCUUAACAACAAAAACCCCAGGACCAAAGCACUCGUCCUGGAGCUGCUGGCCGCUGUGUGUCUGGUCAGAGGAGGACACGAGAUUAUCCUUGCUGCUUUUGACCAUUUUAAAGAGGUGUGCUCGGAAUCCCAAAGGUUUGAGAAAUUGAUGGAGCACUUUAAAAACGAAGACAACAAUAUUGAUUUCAUGGUGGCGUGCAUGCAGUUCAUCAAUAUUGUGGUGCACUCAGUAGAGGACAUGAACUUCCGAGUUCAUCUUCAGUAUGACUUCACCAAGCUCGCUUUGGAUGACUAUCUAGAGAGACUGAAGCACACUGAGAGUGAUAAACUCAAAGUGCAGAUCCAGGCUUACUUGGAUAAUCUGUUUGAUGUGGGAACGCUUCUAGAGGACGCAGAGACCAAAAACGCUGCCCUGGAACGUGUCGAAGAACUGGAGGAGAGUCUCUCUCACAUGACGGAUAAGCUUUUGGAAACGGAGAAUGAGGCCAUGUCUAAAAUCGUGGAACUUGAGAAGCAGUUGAUGCAGAAGAACAAAGAGCUGGACACCGUACGGACUGUGUACCGUGACACCAGCUCGCAGGUUCAUACGCUCCGACGGAUGGUUCGUGAGAAAGAUGAGACCAUUCAGAGGCAGUCCACGCUUGAGAAGAAGAUUCAUGAGCUAGAGCGCCGAGGCAGUCUUCAGAUCCAGGUGAGGGGUGAGGGAGACGGGGAAGGAGACGUGUCCCCGCUUCCGUCACCUCCUCAGCCCAUGGCUCUUUCUCCCUGCCCUGAUGCCAUGGCCGGAGCCUGUGCCAGUGCAUCAUACAGCUCUAGCAGCAUUUCCCACACUGGCACCCUUCGGGCAAUGGCCACUCCUCCUCCCCCUCCACCACCACCACCACCGAUGCCAGGUUCCUCUUUUCCUAACGGAUCUUCAGCAGCCCUCGCACCUCCGCCUCCUCCUCCACCUCCCCCUCCACCUCCACCCCCUCCUGGACAUUCAUUCGAGAUCUCUGCUCCCUUACCCCCACCUCCUUGUGCUCCUCCCCUCCCAGGCAGCGGCACGCCCACUGUUAUAUUCAACUCUGGUUUGACAGAUGGACCAAUCAAGCUCUUCUCCGUGAAAAUUAAAAAGCCAAUCAAAACCAAGUUCCGCAUGCCAGUGUUCAAUUGGGUGGCGCUGAAGCCCAAUCAGAUCAACGGCACUGUCUUCAAUGAAAUUGAUGAUGAGAGGAUCCUGGAGGAUCUGAACGUGGAUGAGUUUGAAGAAAUGUUUAAGACCAAAGCCCAGGGCCCCGCUGUCGACUUAACGAUGCAAAAGCAGAAGGCUCCUCAGAAGGGCCCUAAUAAAAUGUCACUGCUGGAAGCCAACAGGGCAAAAAACCUCGCCAUCACACUCCGCAAGGCAGGGAAAAGUCCGGAAGAGAUAUGCAAAGCAAUCCAGACGUUUGACCUGCGUACGAUGCCAGUAGAUUUUGUGGAGUGUUUGAUGCGUUUCAUACCAACUGAGGGUGAAGUAAAGAUGCUCCGCCAGUAUGAGCGGGAACGGCGGCCGAUGGACGGGCUCACCGAUGAAGACCGCUUCAUGAUGCUCUUCAGCAAGAUUGAGAGGCUGCCACAGCGGAUGACCAUCACGGCCUUCAUGGGCAACUUCAGUGACAGCCUGCAGAUGCUCACACCGCAACUUCAUGCCAUCAUAGCAGCAUCUGUAUCCAUAAAAUCAUCUCAGAAGUUGAAGAAAAUCUUAGAGAUCAUUUUGGCCCUGGGGAACUAUAUGAACAGCAGUAAGAGAGGAGCAGUUUAUGGAUUCAAGCUUCAGAGCUUGGAUCUGCUGUUGGAGACCAAGUCCACAGACAGAAAGCAGACACUGUUGCACUACAUAGCCAAUGUUGUGAAGGAGAAAUAUCCUGUUGUUAGUGUUUUCUACAAUGAGCUGCACUAUAUUGAGAAAGCUGCUGCAGUCUCUCUGGAGAAUGUUCUUCUGGAUGUGAAGGAGCUACAGAGAGGAAUGGAUCUGACCAGAAGAGAGUACAGCAUGCAUGGCCACAAUACUCUACUCAAAGACUUCAUCCACCAUAAUGAGGCCAGGCUGAAGAAACUCCUGGAUGAUGCUAGGAUUGCACAGGAUGCCUUUGACGAGGCUGUAAAGUUCUUCGGGGAGAGCGCCAAGACCAUGCCACCCUCCAUGUUCUUCCCUGUGUUUGUUCGCUUCAUCAAGUCCUAUAGGCAAGCGGAUGAAGAGAAUGAGCAGAAGAAGAGGCAGGAGCAGCUGUUGAUGGAGAAACUUCUGGAGCAGGAGGCCAUGAUGGAAGAGCAUGACAAUCAGCAGUCACCAUCUCACAAGGGUAAGCGGCAGCAGCAGGAGAUGAUAUCUGAAUUAAGGAAGAGGCAAGGCAAAGACAGCCGCCACGUCUACGAAGGCAAAGAUGGAGCCAUUGAGGACAUCAUUACGGUGCUGAAGACCGUCCCCUUUACAGCGCGAUCAGCCAAACGUGGCUCGCGGUUCUUCUGUGACCCCACCCUCUCCGAAGACUUCCAUUACUAAACUAAAUUCUCUCCCCUCAGAAAGACCUGCGCAGUCAACCCUUCCGACGGGCCGACGCCCUGAGGAGGAGUGGGAGGAGGAUCUUGGAAUCACAACACCUUCAGCUGCUCAACAUGGAGAUCACCACCUGCUAAUCAAGCACGUCUCGCAUUGAGGACAGGGGGUGGGCCGAUUCCAUCAAUGAAACAAGAACACAAAUAGCACAAAACAUCGUCAUUAAAUUAUCUAGGGGACAUUUCUGCUUUAUUAACUGGCACUGCCUGGGAUCAGUUCACUCUGGUUAUGAUGGACUAAACUGCUCAAAAGAUCUCAAAUUCUAGACCUGUUGUUGGUUGUAGACUCUACAAAUGGACGUUGUGUGGGAAGAUGUGGCGUGAUGUAUCUUGGUGCUGUCUUUUGUGUUGCACACUGUUCAGCUAUGAGAGAUCAUGUAUUAAAUGCAAGGACGGAACAGAUACAGGAAGAACAGAAAUGGCGAACAUAGCCUUGGUUUGGCCCAAUUAUGACAUUUUGAUCACUACCAAACUCCAAGCUGAGCAGCUUUUUCUGAGGGACUUUGGACCAUUUACAAAAUGCACUUUUUUAUUUGUAUUUUAUUUUUUAACCUUUGAACUUCGAUCAUCUUAAAACAAAAAAACACGGAUGAAGAGCACAAAGGAGAUUUGGACAUUGACUCUCUGUGGACUGAAACGUCCCAUGAAGUGUUGAGAAACGAUGUUUAUGACUAAACAUUCACAGCCAGUAUGACUUUGCACGUACAUCUCAUUUUAAACAAAUUUCCUCUCCCACUGGUUUUAUCUCAUGUGACAUUUGUGAGCUGUGGAAAAGAGUUUGCUGUUUUUAAAAAAAACUAAAGAUAUUUCAUUGGAUGAAAGAACAAAUCUUUUUUUUAAUGUACAGAUAUUUUGCUAUGAAAUUGAGCCGCUUAUUUUUUACAUUGUCCUUCCAUUGUGGUGCUGUACAUAUUGUCUAAACAAACCAACAUCUCCUGCAAUAUCACUGAAAUCUUCUGAACUUUUAUCUUGUUUUAGUGUAACCGUAUUAUUUAAUUUGUGACCUGGAUUGCUCUCUCAUCACUAUAGUUGCAUUGGUAAAUGUCUGUGGUUGCACGUAACACUUGAAACUUGAAGAGACACUAGUGGCACAUGUAACUUUUUUUCUACUUUGGUCUCUUAAAACAAACUGGAAUCAGUGGAUGUGUGCAAAUAAAGCAAUGA